CAGUGCCGCGAUUUUGCUGUGAGAUGACGGCGGAAGGGAAGGAAAAGUUCCAACUGGGGAAGAUGACGUCAAUAGAUGACAACGACUACGUGGACCUAUACGGUUGCGCCACGUCACCAAAUGACGUCAACUCUAAUAUUCAGACGGGGUGUUACAAUGCAGUGAAGCAAGUGAUAGAAAACCACCUCGGGUUAGUGAUAGGGAUCGGGGUAGGAAUCGCCCUGUUGGAGCUGUUGAUCAUAAUAUUUUCCUGCUGGUUGUCUUGCUGUUACAACAAAGAGGACGAAGACGAUUACAGAUACGAAAAACCCAUGUCUACCAUGGAGGAGGAGACGGCGAAUAUUUAA